UUGCAGGGCAUGUGGCUUUUAAACGAGAAAACAUGAUGGAGAUGUAUUUGAUUUCAGUAUGUUUAGCAAGUAUCCUUAUCAUACCGUUCGCACUCAAAACUUUGUUCCCUUAUGUUUGGAUGGAUAUUCUGUAUUUCGGGGAUCUACUGCGGAUUUUAGUGAAGUUUGUGUCGAGGCGAAGAAGGAGACCUUCCUUCUUUGUUUUGGAUCGUUUCUUGGAGCAGACCGCUGCGCAUCCAGACAAGCCCUUCAUUGGGUUUGAAAAUGAAAUCUACUCGUACGCUGACACUGAUCAAAUGAGCAACAAAACAGCCGACGCGCUUCAGUCUCACCCAGGGUAUAAACCUGGGGACACCGUGGCACUUUUUAUGGGGAAUGAACCCGCCUUUCUGUUUACCUGGCUAGCCUUGGCUAAAUUAGGCUCUCCUGUGGCUCUUCUCAACCACAACAUCCGCACCAAGUCUCUGCUGCACUGCUUUAACUGCUGCGAGGCGAACGUGUUAAUCGCAGCCUCAGAGCUAAAGGAAGCGGUGAAGGACGUGCUGCCCUCACUGAUAGAGAAGGGCGUCACCGUCCUCCUGAUGACCAAACACUGUGACACACCUGGGAUUGAGAACUUCUCUGAUAAAGUGGACAAGGCAUCAGACACCCCGCUCCCUCGAUCCCUCAGAUCACACAUCACAUACAAAAGUCCUGCAGUGUAUAUUUACACCUCUGGAACUACAGGUCUCCCAAAGGCAGCUGUGGUCAACCAGAACCGCCUCUUAACAGCUAUGGCUGCUUUAUCUUCAAACGGUGUGAUGUCUAGUGAUGUUCUCUACCUCAACCUGCCUCUGUAUCACACAGCUGGAUUCUUUAUCGGCUUUAUCGGAUCCAUUGAGGCGGGGUCGACUAUCAUUUUGAAGCGGAAGUUCUCUGCCUCUCAGUUUUGGGAUGACUGCAGGAAAUACAAUGUGACUGUUGUGCAGUACAUAGGAGAGGUGAUGCGUUACCUCUGUAGUACACCGAAGAGAGAAAAUGACAAAGACCAUAAAGUAAGGCUGGCCAUUGGCAACGGUGUCAGAGCAGAGAUAUGGAGAGAGUUUGUCAAUCGCUUUGGGGACAUUCAGAUCCGAGAGUUUUACGCUUCCACCGAGGGAAAUGUGGGAUUUGUCAACUACGCAGGAAAAAUUGGAGCUAUUGGACGAGUAAACUUUUUUCAUCAGAAGCUGUUUCCCUUCACUCUUAUUAAGUACGAUACAGAGCGCGAUGAACCGAUUCGAAAUGCUAACGGCUUCUGUGUGGAGUCGCCCAAAGGUGAGACAGGACUGCUGGUGUCGAAGAUCACAGACAUCGCUCCUUUCGUCGGCUAUGCCCAGAAUGAAGAACAAACAGAGAGGAAAAGACUUCGCAAUGUUCUCAAAAAAGGAGAUCUUUACUUUAACAGUGGAGACCUAAUGAGGAUCGAUAAAGACAACUUCAUUUACUUUCAGGAUCGUGUAGGUGACACAUUCAGGUGGAAAGGUGAGAAUGUGGCCACAAAUGAGGUGUCUGACAUCCUGACGAUCAGUGAUUGUCUCAAAGAAGCCAACGUUUAUGGAGUCCAAGUGCCAGGGCAUGAGGGGCGGAUAGGGAUGGCAGCUGUCACUGUGAAGGAAGGUGCCCAGUUUGAUGGAAGUAGAAUAUAUCACCAUGUGGUUAACUAUCUGCCUUCAUAUGCCCGACCACGCUUUAUAAGAAUACAGAAUGCCGUAGAGGUGACGGGGACUUUCAAGCAGAUGAAGGUGAAGUUAGUGGAGGAGAGUUUUGAUCCAGGACGUAUCCAGGACCCUCUUUACAUCCUUGAUGAUAAAGAGAAGAGUUACGUACCGCUGAGAUCUCAGGUCUACAGCUCCAUCAUAUCAGGAAACAUCAAACUAUAAGUAGGCUCCUAGGGUUCAUCCCAUUACCGUUAUCGCAUCAUUAAACAAAAUAUCUACGCGGAUAGCCUUUGUCUGCCUUAAAUAACUAGUAGGAUGAAAUAAAUUGCCAAUGAUACAUUUUACAGAACUGUAAGCACUUAAAUUUGUGAAGUAGUG